AAAAUUAGUAUCUAUACAAAAUAGGUCAAAAUAGGAUUUUUGAAUGAAAAUUUAGUAUGUAGGUGAAGUACCCAAAUUGUUUAUGACACUCAUAACUCCUCCCUCACACUCAAAUUUCUCUCUCCUAUUUAAUCCUUCCUAAAGGGCAGACACCCCUAACUUCCCAUCCCUCUCAUAGACAACUAGCAAAGUGUUGUGAGAGAGACAUUUUCCAAUUCCUCCUAAACUCUUUUUUUUUCUUUAUAAAAUAUUCUUCCAAUUUUUUUUCAUUUCAUUUUAGACUAGAAAUUAAAUCAUGGAACAAAGAAAAAAUAUCUUUGUUCAUGUAGUGAUUUUUUUGGUCAUGGUCCUACUUAAGGGAAGUGCUAAUGUUGUUGAAGGAAAAGGAGUGGCUGAAGAAGAAAAAGAUAGGAUUUUGGAGCUUCCUGGUCAACCUAAGGUUUUGUUUAAGCAAUUUUCUGGCUAUGUUACUGUUAAUCAUGAAGCUGGUAGAGCUCUUUUUUAUUGGUUAACUGAAGCUCAACAAAAUCCUCUCAACAAACCACUUGUCAUUUGGCUUAAUGGAGGUCCAGGUUGUUCAUCAGUGGCAUAUGGAGCAUCUGAAGAGAUUGGCCCAUUUAGAUUAAACAAAACAACUUCUGGGCUUUACAUUAACAAGUUUGCAUGGAACACAGUGGCCAAUCUUUUAUUCUUGGAAGCUCCGGCAGGCGUCGGUUUCUCCUACACCAACCGCUCUUCCGACCUCCUUGACACUGGAGACCGCCGCACUGCCAAGGACUCUCUGGAAUUUGUAAUCCAGUGGCUUGAAAGAUUCCCACGUUACAAGAAUAGGGAACUUUAUAUAACAGGAGAGAGUUAUGCAGGACACUAUGUCCCUCAAUUAGCUAAGGAAAUCAUGACAUAUAACAUAAAAGCCAAGCAACCUAUCAAUCUCAAGGGCAUAAUGGUUGGGAAUGCAGUGACAGACAACUAUUAUGAUAACUUAGGCACAGUGACAUACUGGUGGAGCCAUGCAAUGAUAUCUGAUCAAACAUACAAUCAACUUAUUAGCACUUGUGAUUUUCAUCACCAAAAGGAAUCUGAUCAAUGUGAAUCUCUAUAUAGUUAUGCCAUGGAUAAAGAAUUUGGCAAUAUUGAUCAGUACAAUAUCUAUGCUCCUCCAUGUAACCAUUCCGAUGGUAGCUCGUCCGGUACUCGCCACUCAAUUCGGUUGCCCCACCUUCCUCAUAUGGCAUUUAGGAAAAUGGCUGGUUAUGAUCCAUGCACAGAAAAAUAUGCAGAGGUUUAUUACAAUAGGCCUGAUGUUCAGAAAGCACUACAUGCUAACACAACUGGCAUUCCUUAUAAGUGGACUGCUUGCAGUGAAAUUUUGAAUAGAAAUUGGAAUGAUACAGAUGUAUCUGUUCUUCCAAUUUAUAGAGAAUUGAUAGCUCAUGGAGUAAGAGUUUGGGUUUUCAGUGGGGAUGUAGACUCAGUGGUACCAGUAACAGCAACAAGAUAUGCACUUGCACAGCUUAAGUUGGCAACUAAAAUACCAUGGUAUCCUUGGUAUGUCAAAAAUCAGGUUGGAGGUUGGACAGAAGUGUAUCAAGGGCUAACAUUUGCCACAGUGAGAGGGGCAGGUCAUGAAGUGCCACUAUUCAAACCAAGAGCAGCCCUUCAAUUAUUCAAAUCAUUCCUUGCAGGAAAGCCUCUUCCAAAAGUGCAAAAAUAGUAGGAAAAUAAGAAGAGGUAGUUAAUUGGUAAAGUUGGAAAAAUGAAAGAAAGAAUGAAAAGUAAAAGAAGGAAACAAUUGGAAAAUCCAAUAGGUGCUAAUUAGUUUAUGUUGUCAUUAAUUAAUUAAUAUUGUUAUGAACCAUGGUUUUAUGCCAUUUUUCUUUGUCAACAAAUUAACAAGUUAGAGUUAAGGUGGAGUUA